AUGGCAUCAAAAGAGACUAGCAAGGCUUCGAAGAAGACGUAUGGGACUUUGGAAAAGCUACCUUCUAUCACAACGGGUGCCCGUGUCGAGAAACGCCCCCUUACCAGGCGUCAACCACCAGCAUCAUCCAAAUCCCGUAUCAUCUACGUGUCUUCAAAAACGCCCUUCAUGUCCGUUGUCAAGCGUGCCCGCAAGCAACUCGACGCUUCUCUACGGACUGCCAACGCGGCCCCCAAGCACGCGUCGGUACACUCCCGUAUUGAGGCUCUUAAGCGCGCCGGCGGGUCUGAUGCCGACAGUGCCGAAGUAAAAGUCAUGGGCACGGGACGAGCGGUCGAGAAGACCCUCGCCGUCGCCAGCUGGUUUGAACAGGAGGGCGACUGUGAGGUUGAGAUCAGGACCGGAACGGUUGGAGCCGUGGACGACGUGGUGGUGGAGGGGGAUGAAGAGGACGAGAGCCGCUUGAGGAAGCUAAGCUAUCUCGAGGUCUCGAUUAAACUCAAGUGA